CCUGUUGCACGAGAGCCUGGUGUUUUUCCACUCUCUCCGUUAUUACAUGCGCUCCCAUAUAAGACAGAAGUCGGGGGGAGAGGGCGUAAAGAUUAUUUCCCUUGCUUUGUAGCCUCACCACAAGAAAGAAGACAAAAGAACAAGAGACUCGGACAGACUUGAGCAAUACAUUGCAUUGUCAGUAUGGCACAGAAGGAGAAGUUGCAGUGUCUCAAAGACUUCCACAAGGACACAUUGAAGCCGUCUCCUGGCAAGAGUCCCGGCACGCGUCCGGAAGACGAGGCGGAGGGCAGAGCACCACAGCGGGAGAAAUGGGCCAGCAAGCUGGAUUUCGUGCUCUCUGUGGCCGGAGGUUUUGUUGGUUUAGGCAACGUUUGGCGUUUCCCGUACCUCUGCUACAAGAAUGGCGGAGGUGCAUUUCUCAUCCCCUACUUCAUAUUUCUGUUUGGCGGAGGGUUACCUGUCUUCUUUCUGGAGGUGGCGCUCGGCCAGUUCACCUCUGAGGGAGGAAUCACCUGCUGGGGGAAACUCUGCCCCAUUUUCACUGGAAUCGGCUACGCCUCAGUGGUGAUCGUGUCCCUGCUGAACAUCUACUACAUCGUGAUCCUGGCGUGGGGUCUGUACUACCUUCUGCAGUGUUUCCAGCACGAGCUGCCCUGGGCCCGCUGCAAGCACAGCUGGAACACGGAGAACUGUGUGGAGGACACCGUCCGCAAGAACAAAACCCUCUGGCUCUCCACCAACACUGUCAACUUCACCUCGCCGGUCACCGAAUUCUGGGAGCGGAACGUCCUCAGCAUCUCCUCAGGGAUCGACGAGGUCGGCGGUCUGAAGUGGGAGCUGGCGCUGUGUCUGCUGGCCGUCUGGAUCGUCUGCUUCUUCUGCAUCUGGAAAGGAGUCAAAUCCACCGGCAAGGUGGUUUAUUUCACAGCGACGUUUCCCUUCCUCAUGCUGAUUGUGCUGCUGGUUCGUGGUGUGACUCUGCCUGGUGCCGCCGAGGGCAUCAAGUUCUACCUUUACCCUGAUCUGACCCGUCUAAAGGACCCUGAGGUGUGGAUUGAUGCAGGCACGCAGAUCUUUUUCUCAUAUGCUAUUUGUCUCGGUGCAAUGACAUCACUGGGAAGCUACAACAAGUACAAGUAUAACUGUUACAGGGACUGCAUGCUGCUCGGGUGCCUGAACAGCGGUACCAGUUUCGUGUCAGGCUUUGCCAUUUUCUCUGUCCUGGGGUUCAUGGCACAGGAGCAGGGCGUGGCCAUCGCAGACGUGGCCGAGUCAGGUCCUGGUCUGGCCUUCAUCGCGUAUCCAAAGGCCGUUACAAUGAUGCCACUGCCGACGGUCUGGGCGAUACUUUUCUUCAUAAUGCUUCUGCUGCUGGGCCUAGACAGUCAGUUUGUAGAAGUGGAGGGUCAGAUCACCUCGCUGGUGGACCUGUACCCAUCCCUCCUAAGGAAGGGAUACCGGAGAGAAAUCUUCAUCGCUGUUAUCUGCGUCAUCAGUUACCUGCUGGGACUCACCAUGGUCACUAAAGGUGGCAUGUACGUCUUCCAGCUGUUUGACUACUACGCCGCCAGCGGUGUGUGCCUUCUCUGGGUUGCAUUCUUUGAAUGUGUUGCAGUAGCCUGGGUUUACGGGGCUGAUAAUUUCUACGAUGCUAUAGAGGACAUGAUUGGCUACAGACCCAACAGCUGGAUGAAAUGGAGCUGGAUGCUGAUCACACCCGUCCUGUGUGUGGGUUGUUUUAUCUUUUCACUGGUGAAGUACAGGCCCCUCACCUAUAACAAGCUUUACAAGUAUCCUGAUUGGUCUGUUGGAUUGGGUUGGGUUCUUGCUCUCACUUCUAUGAUUUGCAUCCCGAUGAUGGUCGUCAUCAAAAUCAUCCAAUCAGACGGCUCCCUGAUAGAGCGGAUCAAAGCGGUGGCGGCGCCCGUUAAAGGAGGCGCGAGCUCUCGUCCGAAGGAGUACGGGCUGAAGAACAGCGAGCUGCUUCACCCUCUGGACCCCAACGGCAUCCACGUCUUCACCAAACACACCCACACCAUCGUAGAAACUACUAUGUGAGACUCUCUAAGAGAGAUUCCCAUAUUCUCCUGCUCCUGUCCUCUCCUAUGGGAGAUCCCGUUUUCCUGUGUUGUCCCUCUCCCUCCCCCUCUGUUCCUCUCUCUCUCGCUCUGCACUAGUGCGUUUUUACGAAAUGAUCUUAUAUUCAUAUCUCUUUUUUUGCCAUGUAGGAUUUGUAUUCUGAUUGUAAUCACUGGUAUUAGCAUUAAUGCUGAUAUUGUAAUAACCUGAUGUGAGCUUUAGCUGUCUGGGGCGGUUUGUUUAAUCUGUAGUGCAGUUUCACAUUAAACCGUGUCCUAAUCAGGAGCGACACAGGAUUUACAGCGCAUCGCUUUACUAUCUCUAUCAUAUCAAUCAAAGUUUUGGUCCUAAACAGCCACGAUGAGAGAAUUUGCUUUCGAUUUCGGUCCUGUCACUCUGGGUAGCCCCGCCAACAGCGAAAUCCCAUUGGUCCAAAAUCUUGUUCCGCAUAGAUUUACAUAAAACAUAGGUUUUUUAUAUUCUUAUUGCAUUUCACUUUCUAUAAGGAGUUUUAUUGUGGAAAUCGUGUUGCACCUGGUUAGGACACAAUUCAUCAGCAGAGAGAGCGAGUUUUAGCUUCGUUUUUAGGAAGAAAAAAAUUUAAAACAGCAGCGAACUAAAUGUGACAUUUAGCUCCGUCCGUCAGUGGUUGUGGCUGUAACUCUUGUACGAUGAGGUUCUUAAAUGUUCUUGAAGAAAAAUGAAUGUACCUCCGCUUUGGGCGGACGCUGUGCACAGUCAUGCACACACUCACAUGUAAGACAUAAGCAAACCUUAACGCUCUGUCCUUUCAGUCUCUCCUUGAACUAUAGUGAUCACUGCCAUCGCGCACAUCGAGUUCCUUUAACACUGUAGGCAGCUCUGUUCACUAAUAUAAGUAUCAUUUGAUGCACUGUUAUGAGCGUCAUUCACUGUAAGCUGAUCCGAGAGCUGAUGAUUAUCAACAGCCGUUUGGCAGCACUUUACUAGCUCUUCAUGUACAGCAAAAUCCGAAAGUCUGAGACUAUGGCUGUGUUCGAAAUCGCCCCCUAUACACUCAUUCACUAUCCAUUAAUUUAGUCCACUUGAAGGAGUGAAUGAAAACGAGGACGACGCUGAGUGCGAGGGAAGGGAUGCCGCUUUUGCAUAGUUUGUGCUUGCUGUUUAAUGAACAAAACUAGCAGCUCCAGUAGUAAGAUGAAAAUACUUAUCUUGAACUCUGUCAUGGAAACUAUAACCUUAACUAAACAAUUUAAUAAUAAUUUAAAUCGGAACUGAUACCUGUAUGAUAUUAUGCUGUAGCCACUAGCCACAUUGGUCCAGCGGUUUAGAAAAUGGAUGGAUGGAUGAUUCAGCUGCGGCGCCAUCUUCUGGUCAGACACGGGAAUCCAUUCAGCGCUUGACUCUAACAGUGCAUUAUGGGUAUUCUCGAACCGCUGAGUGUACAUCAGUUGUACACUCGUUAUUGUGGUGCAUUGUGGGAUUGGAUUAGUGCACUCGAUUACGUCCACUAUGGUUUUCGGACACCGCUACAAAUGGCUGUCUCAAAUAGU